AUGUGUGUCUGUUUUACAGAGGUGUAUGCGAAUGGUGAAGAUGAAAACCCCAUCCUAAACCCUGGUUCAGAGGCCAACCUGUUUGAAGGGGAUAUUUUAGUUCCAGAAGGAAGGAAUGCCCUAAUUGACAAAAGAUACAGAUGGAAAUUUCCAAUCCCUUACAUUCUGGGUGAUGACUUAGAUCUGAAUGCCAAAGGAUGCGUCCACCAGGCUUUUGAAAUGUACCGACUGAAAUCUUGUGUUGACUUCAAGCCUUAUGAAGGAGAAAAGACCUUUAUCAAGUUUGAAAAGAGAGGGGGGUGUUUCUCCAGCGUUGGAGACCAGCAAAGUGGUCAGAUUCUGUCUUUGGGGCCAGGCUGUGACCACAAGGCAGUGAUUGAGCAUGAGCUCCUCCAUGCUCUGGGUUUUUACCAUGAACAGUCCCGCACAGACAGGGAUGACUAUGUUGACAUCUGGCUAGAUCAGGUUACACCAGGUCUUGAACACAACUUCAACAAAUACAAUGAUGACUAUAUAACUGAUCAAAACACGGCGUACGACUACGAGUCUGUCAUGCAUUACAGACCAUUCUCCUUCAAUAAGAAUGAGUCCAUCCCCACCGUCACCACCAAAAUCCCAGAGUUCUACAACAUCAUUGGUCAGUACCUCGACUUCAGCCAGAUGGACACCUUCAGGCUCAACCGGAUGUACAACUGCUCUGGCCCUCUGACCCUGCUGGACCAGUGUGACUUUGAGCACGCCAGCAUCUGUGGGAUGAUCCAGGCCUCCUCUGACAAUGCUAACUGGGUCCAUACCAAGAGCACAGCUGGUGCAGAGGAUCACACACUACUGGGAAAAUGCAGAGAUGCUGGGUAUUCCAUGCACUUCAGCUCAAUGGCUGGAAAUGCUCAGGACUCUGCGCUACUGGAAUCCCGAACUCUCUACCCCAAAAGGAAGCUCCAGUGUCUGCAGUUCUUCUAUAAGAUGACUGGAAGCCCCAAGGACAGGCUCGUGAUCUGGGUUAAGAUGGAUGAUGGCACAGGCAUUGUUCGAAAAAUGCAGAGAAUACAGACCUUUUAUGCGGACUCUGACCACACAUGGAAAAUUGCCCAUGUCCCAAUGGAGGUAGGGGUGAAAUUUCGCUAUGCUUUCCAAGCUGAGCGUGGUGACCCCUCUGCAUCUUCUGGUGGCAUCUACAUCGACGACAUCAGCCUCACUGAGACACGCUGCCCCCACAAUGUCUGGAGGAUCCAGAACUUCUCCAAGAUCAUGGAAACGGCUGACAUCAACACAGUUAUCGACAGUCCUCGUUUCUACAGCCCUGAAGGUUACGGUUAUGGUAUCCGCAUCAUGCCUUUGUCAGAUUACACUGAUUACACAGGGAAGUACGCUGGGCUGUACUUCCACUUGGCGAGUGGGGAGAAUGAUGUAGUGAUGCAGUGGCCAGCAAUAAACAGACAGGCCACCUUAGUGGUGAUGGACCAAGACCCAGACAUUAAACUGAGGAUGUCUUCUGCCCGCAGCCUCACUACUGAUAAGAGGAUAAAUGGAAAGUUAUUCUGGGACAAUCCCUCCAAAGUGGGCAAGUAUGACCCUUCCUGUGAUUGCUACAGAAGUGGAUCAUGGGGCUGGAGGAACUUUAUCAAGCACUUUGACCUCAGGCGGCGUAAUUACCUCAAGAAUGAUGACCUCAUUAUCUUCAGCGAUUUUGAGGAUAUAACAUCUCUGAUCAAAACAGAGGUUAAGCCAAUUGAGACAAAGGAGUAAGGUCAUGCAUUCCUAAUGAAGUAUGCAGCUGGGAUAAGAAGAAGAAAAACCUGUGAAGAUCAAGAAAGAGUGGACAACUUCAGUUAUAUAUUUG